CCGGAUUGCGAGAGAGAAGCUCGUAGAGUGAGUUUUUACUUUCAAACUGGAAGGAAAUUUACUGGGAUAAAAUCUUCCUUCUGCUAAAGAUCAUAAAAUCAGCUUCAGAUGCUUUUAAAAGAUGUUUUUGUGAAGGCUUUUGAUUAUUAAUAGUUCUACUGACUCAUAGCAGCGACGCUGCCGUGCUUCCGAAGGUAACCUCUCUCCCGGUACAAUAACUUUCACCAAUGAUGUGCUUUUUCCUUAGAGGAAGGCGGAGUUAGGAGUCAGUGCCAGGGCCAUAAAUAAGCGGCUCCUAUGUCAGGGAAAUUAGAAGUCAGUUAACAUAAGCGCGUGCUCGGAGCGAGCUAAGAGGGCUUUCGUACACCGAAACUGAACUGCAGGCAGAAGAAAUCAGCGCCGCGAGGAAUUUUAGCUACAAACCCAACAGCAAGAGAGGGUUUGCUGCUGGCUGGCGGCUCAAGCCGUGCGGACGGCGAGAUGAGUGCGAUGCUGCACCCCGUGCUGCUGGCUGUGCUCGUGCUGCUGGCCCACCGGGGCGACGAGGCGGUGGAGGCGUGCAGCUGUGCCCCCGCGCACCCCCAGCAGCUCAUCUGCGACGCCGCGCUAGUGAUUCGAGCAAAAAUAUCCAGCGAGAAGGUGGUUCCUGCCAGUGAUGAUCCUCUUGAUACUCACAAAAUGAUCCGGUAUGAAAUCAAACAAAUAAAGAUGUUUAAAGGAUUUGAAAAACUCAAGGAUGUCCAGUAUGUCUACACCCCUUUUGAUUCGUCACUCUGUGGAGUGAAACUAGAAGCUAACAACAAAAAACAGUACCUUUUGACAGGCCAAAUUUUAAGUGAUGGUAAAGUCCUCAUCCAUUUAUGCAACUACAUUGAACCAUGGGAUGAUUUAUCCUUGUCACAAAAGAAGAGUCUUAAUCAGAGAUAUCAAAUGGGCUGUGACUGCAAAAUCACUACCUGCUACAUGGUGCCCUGUUCGAUCACCACGCCAAACGAGUGCCUCUGGACAGACUGGCUGAUAGAACGAAAGCUGUAUGGGCACCAAGCCAAGCAUUACGCCUGUAUCAAGAGAAGUGAUGGCACUUGCAGCUGGUACCGAGGUGGUCCUCCCCCGGAGAAAGAGUUUAUUGAUAUCAGCGAACCUUAAAAUGAUCACUUCCUAAAAAGCCUUGGAGUCUAAUUCCAUCCAACCCUGCACGCUCACAGCUUUGAACUGCCAUCGGCUAAUGUAUCUGUUGCUUAGAAACAAAAACAAAUUGUCCUGUACAGCUAAAGUAUGAGUCUGUGGAAUUGGCACUGACACAAGAGGAGGAACAAAUCUCCUGGAGGUAGCUACUCUGUAAAGUUAUGCUCUGUACAGAGAGGCUCAAGCCGAGAAUGCUCCUCUGUGGCCUCUAAGGCAUAACGAGUUUCCCUUUUCCCAAUACAAAUGUACAAGAACAAAAGAAUUGCCAGAAUUCUGUCCCCUAUUUUGGUUAACCCACAGAUUACGAGCUCCCCAUGUUUUAUUCCAAAUCUUCCUGAUGAACUACGGAAUGUUUUAUAGAACUAUUUUUCCUGUAUGAAAGUCUUCUAAUACAAAAGAAUUAUUGUACAGUGUAUAUGUAAAGUAUUAUAACGACGUGCUGUAAAAAAAACCAUUCAAAAACGCCUGGUUUUCCUUACCUGUUGAAACAAGUUGAACACUUUGGUGAUUAAACAAUCCGUGCUCCGUAUUCAGUACGUUACGUAUGUCACAGCUUUCGUUAUCUACAGAGUUGUAACUGUGUUUGAUAACUAAGUUAAAAACCAGCCUUGAUAAUCAAAACCCCCCUACCCAACUCCACACUGCUAUGGACUAACUACCCCUUGCUGAAAAGGAAAGCCAGGUGUUCUAGUGCUUCAGCAUUUUAUGGAACCAACAUCGAUAACGACAGGCUAAAACUGCCUAUAUUUACAGAAACUACAUCCAUCACCACCGCAGCUGUAGUACUUGAUAAUGCCUCCAAAUACAUGGUGAGGUCAUUGUAGUUCAGCACUGUUAAAAGCCUUGGCUUUAAAAACUCAUGUGAAAACAAUGGGCACCGCAAGCGAAUUCUAAAAAGCUCUCAAAGAUUUGACUGUAUUCAAUAGUUUAAUUUUCCAUUAAUGAUUUUUCAUUCACGAAUACCCAUGGUUCUCUGCCAUAACGAAUUUGGUGACUCAUGACAUAUAGAGAAAUGUAACAACGUAUUUUGCCUUUUGCUUUUUUAGUGUCUUAACUUUCAUCCACUGAUCACUGUAGUUAGGAACUAAUCUCCCAUGUGCUUAAGUUCAUGAAAGUAACUCAAUUCACCGCGGCCAAAUUAUUUCAACAACUGCCAAAGUUCAGACAGUUGUCCAACCGCUUGCAUUCUAGAAACUGAAUGAGAACCAUCACGCAGGCUAUGAAUCUGCCAUAGCUGCUGUUUCUGACAUCUUCUAUUCUCCCCAAUUUUCUUCAUUGGGUUUCUGCAUUCCAAUUUUGGCUAGAAAUUACGGUCAUGUAUUCCUCAUAUGAGAUGUUAGAUCAACAGGCAGAGAUUUAGGCAGUUCUGUUCUGGCUUAGUUAGACCUUAGGUCUACUUAAAGGUUUCACACAAACACUGCCCUCAUUCCUGCUCACCACAGCGUGGCUCUUCCAGCCAAUGGGCUCCUUCAGCAUCACAGCUAUUCCUGUCUGUUUGGUCAGCGGUCCAAUUUUCCACAUAGUUCCUUCAGACUGUUGGCUAUAGAGUCCUUAUAAAAUCAUAGAAUGCCCUGAGCUGGAAGGGACCCACAACGAUCAUCGAGUGUCAUCAUCACGUUGUCAGGCUUGGCGCCGUGACUGCUUCCCUGGGUUAUAGGGUUAGAUUCCACAGAACAGUUCCAGUGCUCCAUCACCCUCUGGGUGAAGAACCUGUUCCUAAUGUUCAACCUAAUCCUCCCCCGGCACAUCUUCCUGCCAAGCCCCAUCACCGGGACUUCAUCUUGCAAAGAAGUUAUGCACCUCUUUAAGAGAACAGGCAUCUCUCAUUCCAUUCAAUUCAAUGAAGCAGUAGUUUGGACACACCAUGCAGCACGUCCCACGUAUCUUGUCACACCCUAAGAUAUGUUGUAUGGGGUAGAUAAUGUUAUACUUGCAAAAAACUCUGUACAAAUGACAUUAUUCUGCUUGUGUUUCUUAUGUUUAUUUUCACAAUUGCAUGAAUCCAUAACAAAAGGACAGACAACAGCAGCACUGAAAUCCCUCUUGUGAGAAUAAAUAUUCUUCCUUACUUUUGAGGGAUAAACUUACACAACUCCAACGAAAUGCGAACAGUGCAAUGCCAACAGGCAGGCACCCAUCACUCCUUUGAGGAAAAGAUGUCCCUUAACAGUCAGCAUUUCGCUUUUUAUUUACUUUAAAUCAGUUCUGCUGUUUUAAUUUACAAUUCCAAAUUAAAACACCAUAUGUUCGUGCUGCAGAAGUAAAGCCCAGCUCAUUUUCUGCUUUGCUAAAGACAAACAACAAUUUACCUAACGCUAAUUUGGAUCAGACUUACUACAGUUAUUUACAUAAAUGAACUAAAACGGCUACAACUUUUCCAAAAAGGCAUUGCUAUUGCAGAGACAAUACUGACAGCACUGUUUACCGUCAGUGCUGUGCAUUUCUAUUACUAAUUUAGAGAAAAACUUAAGAAACAGGCCUUAUUUCCUCAUAUCAAACCAAAACAGCUCCUAGAAAAGCCUGCAAGAGCUUAAUAACCAUACAAACUCUGAAUGGAGUGCAUGGCUCAUUAAUAUUCAUUACAUGUACAGUGUACCAUUUGUUUCCAAAUCCAUUUUGUUGUAACGGUGUCUUUUGAGCAGUUCUCUGCAGCAAACAGAUAUUUUCUGCUUUUUAACUCAACACAGCGCUGUUUCUAUUUCAGUUUUACAGUAAGCAGACCUUAAACUCAACUAACCCAACUCAGAUUGCCUUCUUUAUGUACCUUGUAAAAAUGAUUUUUUUUAUAUUUAUGAACAAACUGUAACAUGAAUGAUAUGCCAUAAUUAGUUUUAAAAACAUUUUCUAUUUGACUUGACGUAAAAUAUCCCAUAUGAGGUGUUUCAAAAUUAAUGGCCAUCCAGUCUGAUUUCUGCCUGAGCAUAAGGCUGGCCAAACUCCCCCCAACAGAUGGUACCAAGACUUUUUUUGUCCUAAUAUCAAUAAAUAAGGCAAGAAAAGCUUUUAAAAAAAUAAACCCUCCUCCGAAUGAGUUUUUAUUUUCCCUGAGAUUCAUCACUGACAAAGAGUAUGAAAAGCAUUAACUACAACACGGCCUUCCCAAUACGUUAUUUUCUAUCAUGACUUUUACUGUAGUGGCAUUGAUAUAUUAUCAACAGCGGAUUAUUUUUACGACAUUUUAUUUUUACUUCUUGAAACUGUGUAUGUUCUAUGAAAAGUUAGAGCGGAAAUAUAGCCUGGUACAAGAUUUGAUUGUAUUUUGAAAACAACUCACAUGACUUAGGACAAGAGUAGGGAAAAGGACACAGAUGGGAGCCUCAGCAGGUGAACAGUGUUAAAACCUCCACCUUGAAUAUUGCUGGCUUUUUCUCCAUGUUCCACUUCAGUUUUAAUUAAAUUGUCCAACAAUUACGUUGAAAAAGCUAGGCUUUUUCAUGACAGUGAACAUAGGAGGUGGGAAUGUAGCGAAAUAAAGGGAACUAAUUACUGAGGGAAAGGCUGUGGAUAUGACUCAACUAGCAAUGAGUUCAAAAAGCCUUACAAUGUUUUGUAUAGUUUUAAUCAGUCCGAGAUGAAUGUUUCUGUUUCAAAAAGUGUUUCAUUAAAGCAGCUCCAUUUUUACACAAAAGAAUGGCAUCUUU